AAGCGAGAAAGAAAAGGAGAACAGUCAGAGUCUUCUCGGACGAGACUAGACAAGGUACCUACCUGUCUUGGUGUCUGAGGCAUCCAGAUCUGUGACCUACAGUGCGGCUGGACGAAAGGAUUUGACAUCUUUUCACUUACCUUCCUUUUUGCUCUCUCCUUCAAGACUGGAUCGGAACUUGAAGUCAAUACCUCAAUAUGCCGCCUCAGUUGUGGGAAAAACUUGGCACCCAACAUCCUAGAGCAUAUGAUGCAUUAAAUGCCGUGGCGCACGCUGUUAAACCAUAUUUGCCGCCGAUCAACUACAUCACAUUGCACUAUGCCUACUUCAUCGGUACCACUAUCGUGGGCACCCUCAUCUUUUGGGGCGCGUCUGUCCCGACCUACAGCAUCGGCUGGUGGGAUAGCAUGUUCAUGGUCAUGUCCGCGCUGACUGCCACCGGUCUCAACACAGUCAAUCUCAGCCAAUUAACCACCUUCCAGCAGGUCGAAUUGUGGAUAUUGAUGAUGAUAGGAAGUCAGGUCCUAAUUUCCUACGUCACUAUCGCAUUUCGCCAGCAUAUCUUCGAGAAGCGUUUCGAGGAUGUCGUGAAGAUGGAGCGAGAGAAGAGAAAGAAGAAGGUGUCAGACACGGGUGCCGUCGUGGGCUUGGCGGGCGCCAUGUUUGGUCUGCAAGUAAUGUCUUCCUUCGGAAAGGGACGGGCCCCGGGCAAACCCCACGUUUCCAAAAGCGCGAAUCCCAUGUCUUCGCCCGCCACGGAGCCGAUUCCAGAAGAGGGCCAGGAGGGUAUGAGAAGUCAACCUCAGCAUAUUGGCUUCCUUGAGCCCGUUCGAGAAGGCAAGUCCCUGGAGGUGCAGAUGUCAGCAACUGGACAUUCAAUCUACCAGACUCAAUCACACCAAAGUGUCCAGACAAGACGAAGAUCCCACACCGCGGGGUCCAGGACGGGGGGUACUGAAGGGUUCAAUGUGCAAACGUUUCUGAAGGAGCAAAAGCGCAGCAUCGGAAGGAAUGGUCAAUUUUUCAACCUGUCGGAAGAGCAACGAGAAUACCUCGGCGGUGUCGAGUACCGUGCCCUCAAAUUCCUCUCCGUUUUUGUCAUCGCCUACUUCGUGCUCUGCCAACUCUUCGGUGCCAUCGCUCUUGGCGCCUGGAUGUCGGUCCACGCAACCGAAGCCGCCGCCGUCAAUUCACAGAACCCAUGGUGGGCAGGCAUCUUCCUCGCCGUCUCCGCAUACAACAAUGCCGGCUUUACCUUGUUGGACGCAGGCUUCAUACCCUUCCAGAGCUCUUACUUCCUACUGACCGUCGUCACCCUGCUAUCGCUGGCAGGCCCGGCCGCCUUCCCUGUCUUCAUGCGUUUCAUCAUAUGGAGCAUGUCGUCUCUGUUGAACCUUUUUUCCAAGGAUAAAGAGUACGGCGUUUGGAAGGAGGGGUUCGACUUCAUCCUCAAGUUUCCUCGUCGUGUAUAUACCAGCUUGUUCCCCUCCAGGGACACCUGGACGUUUGCGGCUACCUUCGGGGGUUUCGUGAUUGCCGAUUGGGUCCUGAUUCUAGUCCUCAGCAUCGGAAAUCCGACCAUGGAAGCUAUUCCCCUUGGCCAGAGAAUCUUCGACGCGCUCUUCCAAGGAUUCUCGAUUCCCUCAGGAGGAUACGCUAUUGUAUCACCAUCAGCCAUAUACUUCGAUGUUCAAGUACUUUGGCUAGUCGUGUACUACACAGCUGCCUAUCCCCACAUCAUCACCAUGAGAAACAGCAAUGUCUACGAGGAAAGAUCCCUGGGUAUAUACGAAGGCGACCAAACGGAAGAGGAACAGCUCCAUUCGGCAAGCAGCAGUGUCUUCGAAGUGGACGUUACCGAUGCCCCGGAACAAACGGGACUUCCACUGCCCGCGAAUAACAAGAACUGGGACACCAUGUCACGCUCGCCAUCCACCAAGUCCAUCAAGAAGCUCUACCAAGUCGGCCGCCGCGGCACCGCCUUCGUAGGCCGGCAAAUCCAGCACCGGAUGUCCGCCUUCCAAGGCGUCGGCGUCGCGCCCGCCGCGCCCGCCCCAACGCCCUUCAAGCCGCUCCGACGUGCCGCCACCAUCGACUUCGGGCGCGCCUCGUUCCACUCGCUGCACGACCAGAUCCCGAAGAACGGCCCCCCCAGCCUGGUGUCGCAGCAGGUGCGCGGGCAGCUGAGCCACGACGUGUGGUGGAUCGCGCUGACGCUGUUCCUGAUCACGCUGAUCGAGACGAAGCACUCGCUGACGGACCCGGCCGCCUACAGCGUCUUCAACAUCCUCUUCGAGAUCGUCUCCGGCUACACCAACAUCGGCAUCAGCAUCGGCCUCCCCGACCAGAGCUACUCCUUCAGCGGCGGUAUGUACACCGGCUCCAAGAUCGUCAUGAUCUUCGUCAUGCUCCGCGGCCGCCACAGAGGGUUGCCGGUCGCGCUGGACCGCGCGGUGCGGCUGCCGGGCAAGAAGCUGACCGAGGACGAGGAGGAGGAUGCCGAGAUUAGGAGUUUGACCGGGUUUCCGUCGCGACAGUAGUAUGGUUCCUUCGUUCUUUCGUUCGUCCUUCUUUCACUCGUUCCGUUUAGAUUUUAUAGGGGUUCUCCCUCACGUUCCUUGAUAAAAAGAAAUACCCAGUAGCUAG